CCAUUCGUUCUGCAUGAUAUUAAUUGGUUUGCAAAUUUGUCUCAGAUACAGAGGACCUUGAAGAGCUGUUCAGGCCGAGGAGUACAGAUACAUGGCAAAAUACCAGAUCAGACAAUUAUCAGAGAAAGGUUCUGAUGCGCCUUGAUGAAAUUGUGCAGAAUCAGAAGGUUCAGAUGAAUCUUUUGAAACAAAUCGGCAAAAGGUUCAGCAGCAGGGCCUGAUGAUGAUGUUAUUGAAGACAAGUUGGAGGAUCCUCUAACAUCAACUGAAGAGUUAGACAGGUUCUGUGAAAAGCUGGCAGAUCCAGCUCUAAGGAAGAAAUUGGUGACUUUAUUGAGUGCUAUCGGUGGGCGUGAUGUGGGAGACACCAUCCGAAGGAUGAUGAAAAAGUUGGGAACUUCCCAACUGUGGUCUCAGUUCAACAUGAAAGGAAGGAAGAAGAAGCGGUCAUUUGAGGCCCUGCCACUCAACAGAGUUAUAUAUAAGGACGGCUACUCUGACUACUACAGCCUAAAGCCAGAUGAUUACAAGCCCCAGGUCUACAACAACAGCAAUGUAAUGGAUUUUAGCCAAGUCUUCCUCCCUACAGUCUACAGCAUUGUCUUCAUUGUGGGGUUCAUCGGCAAUGGCCUGGUGUUGUGUGUCCUGGUCAAGUAUCACAAAUCAUUCAACAUGUCAGAUCUGUGCCUCUUCAACCUGGCCAUUUCAGACCUCCUCUUCCUUAUCUCAUUGCCUUUCUGGGCCGACUACGCUGCCAACUCUAAUUGGGCGUUCCCAGAGUUCAUGUGCCAUGCAGUGACAGCACUCUACAUGCUGGGCUUCUAUGGAAGUAUCUUCUUCAUGAUCCUUAUGACAGUGGACCGCUAUGCCGUCAUCGUCCACACCUCUACCUCCCUCAUCCCCAAGCACUGGUCUGUCAGAGCUAGCAUAGCACUGGCUUUGUUUGUGUGGACACUGAGCUUGGUAGCCUCUCUGCCAGCCAUCAGUUUCUCAAAAGUGAAUACUAUAUCAAAUGUAUCAAAAUGCAUGGUGGAAUAUUCAAAAAGGAAAAUGUGGAAGUCAUUUCAUUACAUUGAGCUGAACAUCUUUGGUUUUAUUAUUCCUCUCUCAGUGAUGCUGUUCUGUUACUCACACAUCAUCCCCAUCUUAAUGACCAUGAAAUCUCAGAAGAAACACAAAGCUGUCAGGCUCAUGGUGGUCUUGGUCACUGUUUACUUCCUCUUCUGGACGCCCUACAACAUCAUACUCAUGCGCCACAAUGAUUUCCAGCACAAAGACAAAAUUAAAAGUGUAACUGUUAUUGUUUGUUAUCCCCAAAGUCUAUUUCAGAAAUAAAAAGACCAUAAUACUUUUACAUCUUUGUAAAAUAAUCUUAAUAGCCUGAGAUUAUGUACAUUUUCCUCCAAACAAGUCUAUGUAUAAAUUGUUACAGAAAAUGAAUUAACCCCUUUUUACCAUUUCGAUUAAUUCAGUAGCACUCUGGUAUGAAUCAUGACGAAGGAUGAUUCCUGUUUUUUUUUUUUUUUGGGUGGUUGCUUUAUUCUUUUGACUGUUAUCAUUUUGUGCUGACAAAGGUCAAGUGAAUAAUUAAGCCCAAGUUGUUCAAAAAUUGUAUUUCACAAGACAUGAUUAAAAAUGGUGGUGGCACGGUAGUGUAGUGGUUAGCACUGUCGCCUCACAGCAAGAAGGUCCUGGGUUUGAGCCCAGCGGCCGAUGAGGGCCUUUCUGUGUGGAGUUUGCAUGCUCUCUCCGUGUCAGCGUGGGUUUCUACCGGGUGCUCCGGUUUCCCCCACAGUCCAAAGACAUGCAGGUUAGGUUAACUGAUGGCUGUAAAUUGACCGUAGGUGUGAAUGUGAGUGUGAAUGGGUGUCUGUAUCUAUGUGUCAGCCCUGUGAUGGCCUAGCAACUUGUCCAGGGUGUACCCUGCCUCUCGCCCAUAGGCCCUGUCCACACGGCAACGGAUUCAGGUGACUCCGAUACAAUUCCUUAUUGUUUAGGCCUGGCGUCCACACGGCACCGGCGUUUUGGGUGCCCAAAACGCAAUCUUUUUGAG